CUUUACGUAUGUGAUUCGCGGAGGGAGGCUAAGGCGGAGGAGUUGGGGAGAUUGUUUGACAUCUGCCAGGAUACUGAAACUAACCUCGUCCCAUAUAUUAAUGUAUUUAACCCUUUUUAUAACGAUUAAGUAGCUGUUUUCAGCAGCCUAAAAUGGACGAUGAUGCGGCAGCUCUGCAGAGAUUGGAGCAUCUAAUGACAGAAUUCUUUUCAAGCGGUGCGACCAACGAACGAAUACGAACGAUCGAACAGAGUCUCCAUGAGUUUACCUCUCAGAAUACUUCAUGGAAGCCGUGUCUACAUUUUUUAUCAUCCACAAACAAUCAUUAUGUCAGUAUGUUUGCACUCUCCACACUGGAGACGACCAUUGGAAGGCGAUGGCCGAUUCUGCCCUGGGAAGCCAGAGCCCUUAUAAGAUCAACUCUAUACACUCUGUCUUUGGAGCACAGGGUUGCGCCGUUUGUAAGAAACAAAGUUGUGAAGCUUGUUGUUGACAUCGCCAAACAUGACUGGCCUCAUUUCUAUCCAGAUUUUUUUCCCAAUAUAUUACAGUUAUUGAAUCACAAACACACGCGUCUUUUGGGUCUUGUUUAUUUAAAAACGGCCUCCGAGGAACUGGCAACGCCCAGAGAAGAUCUGCCAAUACAAAGAAAGACUGAAUUACUGAGAUUGCUGAGCGCCCAAGCUUCCGUUACGAUGGACACUUUGACUGGACUUUUGAACGAGACAACAAAAGGACAAAAUCGUUCAGGAACUGCAACGCCUCCUCCGUCGCCUACCAGUGGGCAAAGUUUACCACCCGUUAGGCCGGUACUCGAUGUCGAGGGUCUGGCCACUGGAAGCAAUGAGGUUUGCAUUGCAAUCCUCGAAGUUUUGGCCCAUCUAUUCAGCUGGAUCGUUCCCACCGAUCUAAUUUCUGAAAAUCUCCUUAAUGCCAUAUUUGCUUGUGCCAAAUAUCACGACUCGAUGAAUAGUAGACAAAUAGAAAUGGCAGUCAAAGCGAUGUCAACGGUAAAUGAAUUACUAUAUAGGCCAUGCUCGCCAAAUAUCACGGAUAGGCUACUUCUGCAAAUAUUUGAGAAUGGAGUUGGACUUUUUCAAUUGAUGGAACGUUUGGAUUCGAUAGACGAAAGUUAUAUGGAGAAAACGACGGAAUUUUUGCAAUUAUUCGUGACGAAUCAUCUCAAGAGAGUAGAAUCAUGCUCAAAAUUCCCAGUUAACACGUUUCUCGAGGUUCUUUAUCAUCACACGUUUCAACAAUGUUCGACGAUCAGUGGUUAUCUGCGGUGCCUCGAAGUUUGGACAGUUCUAUUAGAGAGUACACAAUCGCGAUACGGUGAAGUUGCACUCGCGCUUGGUGAACGUAUUUUUCAAAAAAUAAGUUUCAAACUUGACGCGCGCACGCUCAAGACCUUAGACACGGAAAUUUUGGACGAGAACGAAGAAACUGAAUGGCAACAUUUUUUACGAUGUAACAUCGAAUGUUUGGCAAAAAUAGCAGACAUAGCACCAAUCCCGAUAUUCACAUUGCUCUACCGUUCUUGGCGACAGGAUUUAACGAUUUACGGUGAAUUAGGUGGGGCAGUUUCGAACGGACAAGUGAUUUUAUUGAAUGACAAUGAAGCUUCGAAUGUUCAUGCUCAUCUUCGGGACCUCGCAUCAACGACUCAAGCACUUGCGAGGCUUUAUACUUUAUUUAUUGGUGACGAAGAAGAAUCGAAUCAGUCGCUCGGUGGAGAAUUAGUUAUACAGACCCUGGACGCGUGCGAUUUCGCUCGAGACAAUCAGUUGUAUCGAGCAGCCCUUCAACCAGCCGCGAUUGUUCUCGAUCUUAUCGAAGUACACUCUCAACUUUUGGCAUCUUUACAAGCUUGGUGUCAUUGGAUCGCGAAAAGGCCGGAGAAAAUGAAGGAAAAUCUUUGUCACCGUUGUGUCGAGUGUUGCAUGUGGGCAUUGACUUGUUCAAGAAGUUGUGAAGUACCACCUUCGAAUUUGAUACACUCGGCUGCGCAUUUGUUGCAGAGCGUCACCGCAAUUUUGCGUCCCAAUUUGUGGGAUCAAACAACUUUUAGGGACCUUCUUUGCGUCGGAAGUUAUCCUUGCUCCAAGCCUGACACGGUGAAAGUAUUAAGAAGAGCUUUGGUUAAUGGCAUUGUUUUGGCUUCGGGAGAUGCUGCUGUACGACAGCGAUUAAUGGGAACAAUGGUAAUGGCUCUGUCGGAGCCGCUGGGUCAUCACGGACAAACAAUUCCAUCAGAGUCUACAGUGAGCUCGGCAAUAGUACCGAUAACACAAAUGCUUGAAGAUUGUUGCUCGUCCUCGAGUACAAUAAAGAAAAUGCUUCACUCGUGUCUUGAAGCGACGGUGAAUCGGGUGUUGGAACUUUUACCGCAUCUGAUACGUUCGCAAUCGACGUGCGAGAAUCUCAUGAGUUUUCUUCACGCAACGUUUCUUGUUCUCCAGCAGCAAUUGGGCCCGGAAUUUACCCAAAAUGCAGUACAAGGAAUGCUGUUAAUUUAUACUCGGGAAAAUAUAACCGCAGGACCGGCGCUCGAUCAGUUGCUCGAAAUUUUGAUCCUCGUUGUUUCCGCACCGAGCAGCGCUUUCAAAGCUUUCGUUCCUUCUGUUACCAGCCUCUGUUUAGGGCAAGUUUGGCCCGCUAUUGGCAACGAUCUGUCAUCGCAUCCUGACACCACUCUCGUCCUUUUACGACUUUUUCACAGUAUUUUGAUGCACCGAUGGCAAUACUUUUACAACGCCUCGGUAUUACGAACUUUCGGUCAUCCAGACGGUGACGAACCGGUCGAGCACAAGGAAGAAUUGGUUGCGAUACUUGAGGCUUUUGGACAGGCUCUUCUUCAACCAGACGUCAACAUAUUCCGUCAGAGUCUUCAGUCUCUCGAGCAAUUGAACUCGCGAUGGCGGCUAUACCAACGAUCGGUUUUCAAAAGUCAUCUUCUCGAGCGUUUUCUUAUGGCCCUCUUCACCGUUCUUUUUCAACGGUCUCACAAUUUACUGGCGGACGAGAUAGCCGUUGCGAUUCACAGUCUUGCGUCAGUAAACAUAGCAUCGUUUUUCGGUAAUUUUCUACCGAACUUUUUGACGAGUUGCGAAGGUCUCGACGAUGGGCAGCGCGUGACUUUGCUUGAAAAUUUUGACAAAUCUACGGACCAACCAACUUUAACGAGAUCCGUGCUGCGUCUAGUUUCCGAUCUGCGUUGUUAUCAAAUGUGCCGAACUUAAAUUUUCGAACGAUGAUCAAUAAUUCGAAUGAUUAAUCAUUCGGGGUUUGGAUAAUCGUUUUCUCAUUGCCCAAAUUGUCAGGGAUUAUUGGUUGAAAAUUGCGUUGUCGUUCAAAACGCACUGCCGGUUGAGAAAAAUGACAUUCGAAGUGACAUCAAUAAAUGUGUUCACGACUCAAAAAAUCAUUGUUACGAAUAAAAGUUUUUUUUUUAUUCUUGAAAUAUAAUUUAUCGGAAAUGCAUCUCUUUUUUAUCGAGAAAGAUAGAUUUUUUUUAUAUUGAAGAAAUGAUAAUUGAUUUUUUUUUUUUAUUUUGCGCGUGUUUUUUGAUUUCGAAAACACGAGUGGAGAGUAUUUUUGUUCGCCGUCGAAAAAAAAAAAAUAAACGAGAACGUGUUUGUGAAAACGAAUAAAUUUGGUCUCUACA